AUUUUUGUUUAAUUUAUUUUAAAGUUGUAUUUUAUAAAGUAUGCAGAAUAAUGAUGAUAGCUCUAAAGAGCCUCUUAAAUAAUAGUUAGUAAGCCGUACAUAAUCUAAAGGAGCAAAGUAUGAAAAUCCCCCUCUAAAAACUUUUUUUGGAAUCGAUGCUAAUUUAAUAGCCCUUUCUUCAAUGAACUUUUUUAUGAAUGCAGCUGUAUCUAUUAUAGUCCCAUUCUUUCCACCAAUAGCUAGUAAAAUUGGUGUGUCAUCAACAAUGAUUGGACUCAUCCUUGCAUUUAAUCCUAUAGGUAGUUUUUUAACUUCUUUGAUUGUAGCACAGUUGAUGGGUAGACUAGGAAAAAAGAAUCUUAUGAUUUGGGGACUCAUAUUUUAAUCUAUCUCUAUAGCUUCAUUUGGAGCUCUAAGUAACUUACAUAGUAGCAUAGUUUUCAUCAUUUUGUCUGCUUUUGCCAGAUUUGUUUAAGGAGCUGCUAGAUCAGCUUAUGGAUCUUCAUCUUUUGGUUAUGUACCUCAAUUGUGGCCAGACUCUGUACAGAAAAAAAUUAGUAUCAUGGAAACUUUAACUGCGCUAGGAACAAUUUUAGGACCUAUUGUAGGCUAAGUUAUGUAUACAGGAUUGGGAAGCCAAAUGCCUUUUUAUAUACUAGGUUUUCUCUUCUUUUGCUGCUUGCUGACUCUUAGAUGGCUUCCUGCUGAUGCUAAUUCCAAAAAAGAUAUAGAAAAGGUAUCUUCUCUGCAAUGCUUAUCAAACAGGUAUAUAUUUUUUACCUUUUUGGUUUUAGUUGCAGGAUUAACUUCCUAGUCUUACAUAAAUACAUUAUUUACUUAACAUAUGGAAAACUUGGGAUUAAGUGAUAACAUUUCUGGAUACGUUUACCCUAUUGGUUCACUAUUUUAUAUUGGCUGUUUGCAUAUUCUCCCUAGGAUUUCAAAAUUUGUAAGCAGAAAAUUAAUUUUAUCUAUGGGAACUCUUAUUGCGACUUUAGGUGUUGAAAUAUAGGCUCCUGAGAAAUACCUUGGACUGCCAUCAGGCGAUAAUAGAUGGUAUAUAGUGACAAUUGGAUAGUGUGUAACCAAUAUUGCGUUUGCUAUGAUUAUACUACCUAGUAUUCCUGAAUUCAUAGAGUUAAUACUUAAUAAAGAGCUGAAAGAAAGAAAUCUCUUAGAAGCAGAUGCAAAAUUAACAAGAGCAUGCAGCGAUAUGAGUUCUGGAAUUUUUAUGGCUGGCUACUCUCUUGGUCUGUUCUUAGGACCUUUUGUGUCUGGUCUUCUUUAUGAUAGUUUUGAUGGAGGAGAUAUUUAAUAAUUUAUGAACACUUCAAGAUGCAUAGCUGCUUUUGUUGCAGCAACAUUUAUCCUUUAUUUAACAGUUGGAGGUGCCUAUAGAGGUUUCAAAUAGUAGCACAAGCUAACACAAUCUAGAUUGAAAAAAUCAUAUGCAUACAGUAAUAAUUAACUCAAAGUAACAAGAUAAGAGAUCAUAUAACAAGUUACAGAAAAUUCUCAAAAUAAUAAUUUUACCUAAAUAGUUACUUAGGAGGCAGUGAAAAAUGAACAAUAAAAUUAGGCUUUUCAGUAAUAAUUUGGAAAAAGUAUAGUAAUAAGCUAACUAAAAGAAAGAGAUUUUGAUGCCUUAUCUGAUGUUCUCCUCUCUGAUUCAGGCAAUGAAGAAAACGGAGCAUUUAGAGAGGAUUUUUCUGAUGGUAGAAACUCAGAUUUUGGAGAUGAGGGUGAAGUUAAUUUUAAUAUGAAAGAAGAUGUUUGAUUAUAAUAAUUAAUUGGGAUUUAUUUAUUUAGUAAAUUGAUCUAAUCUAUAACAAAGUAAAAAAACUAUUAAUUAAUAUUAAAUUUAUUUAUAUUGAUAAUAUAUAAGCUAUUUAUUUUAAACAAUUCAUUCUCAAUUUCUAUUUUUAUAAUACUUAAUCAAGUUACUCUCUCUUAUUCAAUAUUAAAUGAAGAAGGAUUUUUUAAAUAUAAUUUUUUCGAUACCUCUUAAUUAAAAC